AUGCCGUUUCUGAAGAUAUUACUCUGGAGUCACGUGAUAAUCCUCUUAUUCGGGAUGAGAGGAAUUACAAUCUCGAAACUCUUAGAGUUAGAAAUGAGCAGAUGUGAUGUUGUUCUUAAGGUUGCAUCGAGCAGGAUUGCUGCAUUGCUAUUAGAAGGAGGCCGAACUGCGCAUUCAAGAUUUGCAAUCCCUAUCGUGGUUAAUAAGUUUACCUUCUGUUCAAUCAAGAAGGAGUCGAAUCUUGCCGACCUGAUAAGGAUUGCUAAACUCAUUAUAUGGGAUGAGGCGUUGAUGAUGAGUAAAGACUGUUUCGAGACUCUAGAUAGAACGAUGCAUGAUAUAUUAGAAGUUGAUAAGCCCUUUGGUGACAAGGUCAUUGUUUUGGGAGGGGAUUUCAGGCAAAUAUUUCCAGUGAUUCCAAAUGCUGGGAAGACAAAGAUACUUAUGGCCACUUUGAAUUCAUCACCUCUGUGGUACAAAUGUAGAGUGUUGAGACUUACACAGAACAUGCGACUUAUAGCUGGAGAUAAUAGCCGUGCGAUGCUUGAACGAGCUGCCUUUACAAAGUGGAUCUUAGACAUUGGUGAUGGAACGAUAAAUGAUGAUGGAAGUGGUGAAGCCGUGAUUGAUAUUCCUGAUGAUCUGUUGAUUAAAGACUGUAAAGAUCCUAUAAAAAUGAUCGUCAAAGAAAUUUAUGGGAGUUCGUUUUCGAAAGAGACUGAUCCUAAAUUUUUUCAAGACCGUGCCAUACUGAGUCCAAGAAACGAUGAUGUAGAGACGAUAAAUGAUUACAUGCUUUCAAAGUUGUCGGGUGUUGAAAGGACCUAUCUUAGUUGUGAUAGCAUUGAUACGGCUGAAGAAGUUCAUUUGGAGGAGUUUUUAAAUAGUAUCAAGAUGUCUGCUUUCCCUAAUCAUGUCAUGAAGUUGAGAGAGGGUACUCCUGUAAUGCUUCUAAGAAAUAUUGACUCUAAGAAUGGGUUGUGUAAUGGUACAAUACUCAUCAUUACUAAGAUGGCUAAUUAUGUUCUCCAGGCUCAGAUAAUACCAGAUAGCAAGGUUGGUGAGAAAGUACUCAUUCCUAGGAUAUUCCUCUCUCCUUCGGAGAUGAAACUUCCUUUCAGGAUGAGACGCAAGCAGUUUCCUAUCACAUUAGCUUUUGCAAUGAUUAUAAACAAAAGCCAAGGACAAACACUCGAAAAGGUUGGUUUGUAUCUUCCAAGGCCGGUAUUUACUCAUGGGCAACUCUAUGUCGCUGUGUCAAGGGUUACAUCCAGAGAAGGUUUAAAGAUAUUGAUCACCGAUAAAGACAACAAACCACAAAGCAAAACAUUGAAUGUCGUCUACAAGGAGGUUUUUGACAAGAUAUGA